UAUCCUGUCCAUCUGUCAACAAAUGUCAUUGCACUAUCUUCUAACCAAAAUAAUUUUUUUUAUCUAAGUUGUACAAUAUUUCUGUUCGUGGGGAACGUCGGUUUUAACAAGUCUACGCUUUUAAUUAUUAAGUUGAAAUUUACCGAGCACUAGGCGCUGUUUUUCGUUUACCAAGCUUUUCCAUUUUGUGCACAAAUAAUAUGGCUUUGUUGGCCCGGUAUAAGGUGUUUUCGCCGACUAUGCUACGACAGUCAGUAAGAACUCUGUCGACAACAUCAGCUCAAUAUGCAGAAGGAUCCGAGUCCUGGUUGAGCAAAUUGUUGGUGCGACGCAUUGAACCGACUAAAGAGCCGCACAGUCGCAUGUUGUCGGACAAAGAAGUUAUUUAUGCUUUGAAUACGCACAACGUUCGGCCCGAUUGUAUGGAAAAAUAUUUAGACAACUACAAAAAGGUCGUCGAAUUUAUUCACUCGAAAAAGGAUACUCUCAACUGUGAACUGAUUGGAUCGUGGACGGUGAAUGUAGGCGAUAUGGACCAGUGCGUACAUUUAUGGAAAUAUACCGGUGGUUUUGAGGCAAUCGAUCAUGCGAACUCUAUCGUUUACGCCGACCAGGAUUACCUUAAACUAUCCAAAGAACGGGGUAAUUACUUGCGGUCGCGUCAUCUACAAUAUUUGUUAGCAUUCAGUUACUGGCCGCAAAUCGAGUCCCGCGAAGGUGGUAACAUCUACGAAAUGAGAUCAUAUCGAUUGAAGCCGGGAACGAUGAUCGAAUGGGGUAACAAUUGGGCGCGAGCCAUUAAUUUCAGGAAAACCAAUAACGAAGCGUUUGCGGGAUUCUUUUCGCAAGUCGGUCGUCUGUACAAUGUACAUCACAUUUGGUGCUAUAAGUCGUUGCAAGCAAGGAAAGAAAAUCGAGAGGCUGCAUGGCGAUCACCCGGCUGGGAUGAAUGUGUCGCGUACACGGUGCCAUUGAUCAAAGACAUGCACAGUCGCAUUUUGUCGCCAACGAAAUUUUCGCCGACUCAAUAGAGGGAAUCGGGGACUUUUCUCCCAGAGAAUACUUAUGGAGACGUGAAGAUGUGAUUGUUAACAUUCAGCGUGAUUUUUGGUUUAAAUUUUUCAUUUUUUGAUUUUCAUUUUUUUUUGCUUUUAAAAACUGUUUUUCCAUUUAUUUCAUAUGAUGAGAAUCUAGUGCGUCCUACAAGGAGAAUAUUAUUAUUUAAAGAAAGAAAGUAAAAAAAAAACUCGGUUACAUUACGAAAGCAUUUAGCGCCAACACACAGGUCGUGGGGAACGAUAUUUUUGUAUUAUUUGUAAGCAUUUGAGGAAAUAAAAUUUUGUUUUGUUUGAAUAAA